AUGGGUCUCAUGGCUGUAGUCUGUGUUGUCUGGGCUGAUGUGGAAGGAGCUCCUACUGAUGGUAAAAACCAGCUAGUUGGUGACAUGCUUUGCUUGGCAGGGUCACUCCUCUACUCCAUGGUCACAGUACUACAAGAAAUGAUGCUAGACACUCUAUCUUGCUCGGACUACCUAGCAUUCCUAGGCCUCAUAGGCAGUAUAGUAUCCUGUACCCAAACAUUUUUCCUAGAAUUUGGAGAAUUAAUGGAAUUUAACUGGUAUGAUUUGGACACUAUAGUUCAACUUAGCAGUUAUUGCUCCGUGCAGACAAUAUUCCAGAUAUUACAGUGCUUUAUGCUAAGAGAUGCUGGUUCCAUUAUACUGCACUUGUCAUUCUUGUCUGCGGAUUACUAUACUCUCAUAGCUGGGAUGUACAUAUUCCAAUUUAAGUUCCAUGCUCUCUAUUUCUUAUCAUACAUGCUGGCGAUGGUUGGAGUCUUCCUCUUCAGCUCUCGACCGACGCGGCAGCCGCCGCCCCAGCCGGACAGACUGCCUCAACUAGUCAACGACUCAGUACAGUCACAGGACAAUGUAUCUAUGGAAUACACAGUUCCUACCCUGGACUGUAUACCUAUAGAAGGUUUGGAGCCACCAAUGAGCAGAGACACGACAUUCACUUCAUUCCUAGGAGGCCCACAAACAGUUCCUAACGGCACCGUUACCUUCGCACAGACCAACGGCGCUCAGAACUCAAAGGAGGCCUGUUAA